AUGACGCCGAUCCAAUUCCUUCUUCUGCUACCAUGCCUUGUCUCCUCUUUGAGCGGUGCCACUGCGCAGGAACCCAGAGCAGAUGAUACGCUUUACCAACGACGUGCAUACGGGACCGUUGCGGUGAAGGGCGAUUAUUUCUACAUCGAAGGCGGGGAGAAGUCAGGCUAUCUGCAAUCCGGCGAACGGCAAUAUGAUACUGGCUACGAGUCUACGGUUGACUCUGAUGGAGACGGCAGUUCGAUGAAAUAUUUCAGCAUCAGCCAACGUUGGUACCCACGCGACAUCACACUACAGAGGAUCGGAUUUAAACCAGGGCAGAGGACCGUCAGAUGGCCAAGUCUCUGGGUCGGAGAGAAGACUUUAUACAGAUGGGGCGGCGAACUGACUCGCGAGCGGACAUAUUCGAAAGGCGAUGGAGGAGCAGUUUGGACGGUCGAUACCGCUUCCAACGGCGCAGGGUCAUGGAACUCAUACACUGGCGACGUUGUCUACAAUACGAGCGGCCACGGAGCCUCGACGACCUGCGACGAUGUGGGAUAUAAUUUCGGUGGUGUUGCUUAUAACGGGACGGGCAUGUACGAUUUUGAGACGAAGCAAUCGCAGGAGGGGAUGAUCAUGUUCAACACGACGAGGAAGUUAUUCACCAAAUCUACCGCUGAUCUCGACAUUCCAGGGAGCACACAUCGAUCGGGUUCUUUGGUCUGUCUUCCAGGAUUCGUGGACCACUCUCUUGUUGCGCUGCUGGGAGGCACUAUUCGAGCGAACCAAACCAUGCGAUCGUUCGACAAGUUGGCCUUUUUUGACCCUGUCGGCAAUAGGUGGCGAAGUCAAACCACGACUUUUGCUCCUUCGCAAAGAGACGACUUCUGUGCGGUUGGGGUACAGAGCAAGCAGGGCACAUACGAGAUAUUUAUGUAUGGAGGCAAAGAGUCAGGCGACACAAUCUCGUCUGACAUCUGGAUUUUGUCUUUGCCGCUUUUUAAAUGGUUCCGAGUUAAGCUGGACGAGACACCAAAGCGCCAUUUCCACGCAUGUGGUUUGGCUGGCAAACGACAGAUGAUAUCCUUUGGUGGUCUUGAUGCACUCAACUCGACAGCUGCUUGGAAGAGCUCAGAUCCUUGGGAGAAUACCAUCGGUAUCUUCGAUCUGAAUACGUUACAGUGGAAGGAUGAGUACAUCCCUGAUCUUGGCGAGUAUGAAACUCCAGAGGUUGUUCGAAAGGCUUAUAAUGAAGACUCGGCACUAUCUGGUGUUACUUGGGACUCGAACGAGAUUAAGGACACCUUCACUAAGAACUACCUUGCCAUUCAAGCAUCUAACAACACUAAUACAACUAAUAACGACAACACCUCUGAAGGCUCUGGCUCUUCGGGGGGCACACCCGUUGGCGCCAUCGCCGGUGGUGUUGUAGGAGGCAUUGCUGGACUUGCUCUUAUCGCUACCGCUGUCUGGUUCUUCCUCCGCCGACGAAACCGGGUAACAGGCGAACACUCACAGGAAGGUCCAAAGGAGCUUUGGGGAGGCCCGCCAAACUCCGUCCCUCCGAGCAGCACCAUGUCUCCUGCCCCUCCCUACGUUCACCCAGAAGGGGACCAUGGUAUCGGUGUAUAUGAGCUUGAUGAUACAGGCCUGAUUGAUGCGUCUGAACUUGCGAGUGAUUCCGUCUCACCACAUGUCAGCAACUCCCCAUCGCCCAUAUCGCAUUUCAGUUCACCAGCUCACCGGGGGAACCCGCGAUGA